GCUGAGAUCACUGGACCAAAGGGGAGGCGGGCGGCUGAACACAGACAGUGCAGUGGGAGUCGGAGGAAAAGACCAUCAGCAGAGAAGAACAGGGUGCUGGGGUACUGGGAACAGAACGGGAGAUGGAGUGAGAGAGAACUUAGUAGAGAAAUGGAUCAGACCAAUAGAGGACAAGGGAGAAGAUGGGACCGAUCUCGCUGGUUUUCAUUUCAGCUUUUUUGUUGUGAUGAUAAGAAGAUGACGUCUUUGCCCAGAACCCACAGAGGUGUGUCACAGACUCGGGUCUGGCUCAGAGACAGUUCAUUGUGAAAUAAUGAUAUGGAAGGCCUGUGGGUCCUCCGAUAUAGGAGGCUGUUGGUGCAAUGCAUCUGUCCGGACUCCUUGCAGGAGAUAUUCGUUAAAUUGAAGGACCUCAAGGUACUGAAUGAGGAGGAGAUCCAGCACCUGCAAGACAUUUCAUAUCUCCCCAGCCAAGCAGAAGCCCUACUGGAUGCAUUGGAAGGGAAAGGCAAGAGUGGAGUUCAGACACUUCAAAACUGCAUAGAGAACAGCUCCAGUUCCUUGUACCUGCGCAUGCGUCAUUAUGAUCCAUUGGUUCUGAAGCAUUUGGACAGUGUUGGAAGCAUAAAUCAGCCGCCAUUGUUGACACAGUUGGAUUACCUGUGGCUGGUAGAGGGCCUUACAGAUGCCCAAGUGCAGGAACAUGAUUUUGUGCAGCUGGAGUUAGGACAAGGAGGAAGGAGCACUCUCAAGAAACUUCCUUUGGAGAAACUGUUGAUGCCCCUGUCACGGGUCAGCCUGCCCCCUCGGAUCACCCUUACACUGGGUGUGGCAGGAGCUGGCAAAAGCACCCUAGUAAGACUAUUUGUUGAGAGGUGGGCACGGAAGGAGGUGUAUUCAAACAUUUCAUGUGUGCUUUCACUAGGUCUCUGGGAGCUGAAUGCCCAUGAUAGACUAUCUGCAGAGCGGCUGGUUCAUCUAUGCUGCCCACGUUACCUUGUGUCUCCUCCUGGGACCCUUCUGAUCUUGGAUGGACUGGAUAAAUUGCGAGCACCUCUGGACUUUUCAGACUCUGUAGCUUGCACUGACACCCAGAAGGAGCUCACACCUGAAUGUCUGAUCACUAACAUACUUCGGGGAAACCUACUACCAGACUGUUCCGUGUGGGUGACCUCAAGGCCAGGUGCAGCUGCCAAGAUUCCUGCAGGUCUUAUUGACCGGAUGACUGAAAUUCCAGGGUUGGGGACAGGUGAGAUUAAAGUGUUUUUGAAACAGUUGCUACCAGAACCCAAAGGUAUAGCUGAGCGGGUAUGGAGUCACCUGCAGGGCCAUCGUACCUUGAUAGCUCUGUGCUCAGUUCCUACUUUGUGUCACAUAAUGGGAUUCUCUUUAGGAUUUCUGCUACACAGUCAAGAUCACUCACAUACAACUCUACCAAGAACAUUGACUUCCAUAUUCUCAUGGUUUCUAAAAGCCCAUCUGGGUGAAAAGGAUGGGUCAGAGCAAACUGCAAGUGUGAGAAGGGCAAUUGCCAAUUUAGGAAAGUUGGCUUUUCAGGGUAUCAUUCGGAGAAGGUUGGUUUUCUAUGAGUCCGACCUAAAAUCCUGUGGAAUCGAUACCCCAUUGGCCCCAGGCAGUCUCUGUGCCCGGCUGCUGCCAUGCCAACAUUCUCUCUCAUGCCCAGGAUUUUCUUUCUGUCAUCUGUCACUUCAGGAAUUCUUGGCUGCUGCCCACUACCACUCUGCUGCUAAGCGUGCGAUCUUUGACCUAUUUGCUGAUGGGGGCAUGACCUGGCCCAAAUUGGGCUUUCUCAAUCAUUACAAGAGUGCAGUGCAGCGGACUCUUCAAGGAGACGGAGUGCAGUUGACCAUCUUCCUGCGAUUCCUCUCUGGCUUCCUCUCCCCUCAGGUACAGCGGGUGCUGGCAGGGUGUCUUCUGGGAAAGGAGGAACCUGGUGGGUACCGUGGGCCAGCAGCAGACUACUUGCAGAACCAUCUAAACACUGAAAGGACAGUGUCUUGUGGAGCAGUAAACUUGGUGUGCUGCUUGCUGGAGUUGGGGUACACUGAACUCACAGGUGUUGUUGAGGAGGCACUAAAGAAUGGGACACUUGGGGGGAGGUUGAAUCCACUGGCAUGUUGUGCCUUGGCAUACCUAUUGCAGGCUUCAAACAUCUGUGCCCAGGAAGCCAAUCUGUCUCAAUGUCUGAGCUUCAACCUUGUGCAAAGACUUCUACCACAGUUACAAUACUGUACAAACCUCAGGAUGGAGAACAAUGGUUUCCAAGAUGUGGUAAUGGAACUUCUAGCCAGUAUCCUGCGUGCUAAGGACUGUGCCAUUCAGAGGAUCAGCUUGGCAGAGAACCACUUGAGUAACCGAGGUGUAAAGGCAUUAGGGCGAGCGCUAAUGGUGAAUCACACACUUACUGUACUCGACCUCCACAGCAACAAAAUCGGACCCAGUGGUGCCAUGGCCCUGGGGGAAGUUCUGCGCAGCAAUCAAGUCUUGCUCAGCUUGAACCUGCAGAACAAUCAGAUUAAAUCAGAAGGUGCCCGGUUUCUGGCGCAGUCACUGCUGGCCAAUCGUAAACUGAGGUCCUUGAACAUUCAGAAGAACAACAUUGGAGCGGAGGGAGUUGAGAGCCUUUCUGGGAGUCUGAAACAGAACCAGGUUCUGCAGGAGCUGUGGUUAUCGGGUAACAGUGUUGGGGACCGGGGGGCUGCAGCUCUGGCCGAAGUUCUGAAGUCGAACUCUAAUCUGAGCACCUUGGACCUACAAAGUAAUUCUAUCAGUGACCGUGGCCUGAGCUUGUUGACCCGCGGCCUGAGCCAGAACCGCAGCCUGAAGCACCUUAACUUGAGGGAAAAUUCCAUUGGCAUCGAGGGAGCCCAGGCCUUGGCAGAAUCUCUCAGGAGAAACAACACUUUGCUGCAUUUGGACCUGACAGCGAAUCUUCUUCAUGACGAGGGCAUGGAGGCUCUGGCCGGAGCACUGAGAGAGAACCAAAGCUUAGAGUCCCUACAUCUCCAGUGGAAUUUCUUACGUGUGGCGUCUGCCCGGUCUCUGGCCGCUGCUCUACGUGUGAACAAGGCUCUUCGCUGCUUAGACUUGCAGGAGAACUCUCUGGGAGAUGAAGGAGCAGCCGUGCUCUCGGAUGCUCUGCAGGAGAACUCCACCCUCUCAGCGCUCUACCUGCAGGGAACAAUGAUAGGAGCAAGUGGCACCCAGUCCCUCGCCAGUGCACUGACUGUCAACAGAAGCUUGAAGAUGCUCGACCUACGAGGUAACAACAUGGGCCUGCGGGGAGCCAAAGCUUUGGCUGGAGCUUUAAAGAUUAACAGCACUUUGCAGAGUCUCAAUCUGCAAGAAAACUCCAUUGGUCUGGACGGAGCCAUAUGCCUCGCUAAUGCAGUGUCUGGGAACCGUUCUCUGACUUCACUCAGCUUGCAGGGGAACCAUAUUGGCCAAUCAGGAGCCAAGGUCAUCUCUGACACUAUUAGAAAUGGUGCUCCGCACUGUAAGGUGGACAUUUAGAUCCGUUACAGGAGUGUAAUACAGGAGAAGACUGGAAGUGGUCUACAUGGCUGAUGGGAGUUUGUCAAGGAGCAAUGGAUUGUAUCUUAAUUAUGGGGAUAGAGUCGAAUUAAGAUUGUAAUGAGGCUGCACUGUCCAAUUGGCAAUUUCUGGAAAUGAUAAUAUUCCCCCACUUACCCAAAAACACGGUGCUGUGCAGAGAAACCAUGAUGGCUCCCGGCCCUUUGCCUCUGAGGAGCUUGUACAGACAAGAACAAGAUGGCUGAGGAUUUCACAAGAACGCUACUCAAAAAAAAAAUCUUUCCAGGGUUUUUGAUUUCAUGGUGUUAGACCUGCAAGGUUUUCUAACACAAACAUCUUAAGAGCAUCGCGUUUUAUACCAGUCCAGCGGAUACAGUUUAUUCAGAGCAGUAACUCAGUAAUCAGUUGGGCACCGCACUGACAGAAUGGAAGAGGUCUGAAUGCAGAGAGUUUUUUGUAAAGUCCAGGACCAAUAAUUGGAAAAUUAUUAUUAAAAGCACUGGCUAAUUUAAUACUUCGAGACCCCAUGACAGUGAUCUUUACACGCUCCUGCUCAUACUGCCCAUGGAACAUGGUAAUGUUGGGUUUGUCCGGAUACUUUUGCCCAUAUAGUGUCUUUGACUUGAGAUUAUUCCAGGACAGCAAAGAAAUAUAAUGAUGUGUCUGAUGCAGGAAGAUCUAUUCCAAUACCAAUCAUUUAUUAAAUGAAUGAACAGCAAAGUGUAACAAAACGGCAUAUACAAUCAAACAUAUAGUUGUGGAAAUCUUUAUAAGUCAAGGCUUGUCACGUCUGUAGGAUUGAUCAGCAAUAAAAGAUGAUGACUGAUAAAAUGAAACAGGAAAUGAACAUCAGAGGUCUAUUCAGUAUCACAUUUAAAAGUCUUUUUUUUUCCAUUAGAGAAAGACACAGAGGCAGCAGAUCUCAACUGACAAUUUGUAGCUUCUGGCAAAUGCCAGAGGGGCAACUGUAAGAUGCAACAGACAGUCAUUAUUUAUUGGGCUGGUGGAGGGGCUGUUUGGGCCUCUGUGUAAAUGCCUGGGCAUAUUUUAAAUGCCAGUUUGGGCCUGAGAGUCAGUAAUGUAAUGUUUUAGCUCUGGAUCUGUGCCGAGAGACCAACCAGCAAGAUAACUAAUAUAAAGCAGUAUAAAUGCACCAGAUUUGUAGCUAUUGUAUUUCUCCCAGCCAAUCAAGUCAUACCUCCCAACAUUUUGGAAGUAAAAAGAGGGGCAAAAUAUUUUUUCCCGCACGUA